CCCCUGGAAUGUUGUGAAACUGCAUGUUGUAACUUCAGUAAAGGUUCAGUGUCAGUGCAGCGAAAUUUGAGUGUCUGUGUGAUCUGUAAAUCGCUGCACCCCCUGCUGUUUCAUUUUUGUUUUAUUGUUGUUCUGUGAGGGAAAAUGUCUGACGCAGCUGACACAGGUGCAGCGAAGGUGGAGGUCGUGAUCAAGGCUGAAGGGGAACCCUCACCCACAACGCCUCCUCCCCCUCCCCUGACCCCUGCGCAGCGGCGCAAGAGAGAGAUACAGGAGCAGCUGCGGCAGCAACAGGCGCUGCUCGCAAAAGCCGAGAGACAGGAGGCAACAGAAUUGGAGGCUGCAACAAAUGCAUCUCGCAAGGAGCACCUGCUGCAGCAGGCCGGGAAAACUGUUGCUGAUACGAGGGUGGCCCAGUGUACCAGAGACCUGGUUGAGCUGGUACUAUUGCAAGAAAAGUUGACAGCCGGCCAUUUCACAAACUGGGAUGAGCGGAUCCAGAGACUGGAGACUCGUGUGGCUGAUCUGGGAACUCAGCAGACCAAGAUUCUGGACUCCAUCCAGAACUUGACUGYUCAGGCUGUGCCUGAAAAGUUUUGUGUUGCAUUGUACAGCGCCGGGCACAAAGACUGGCGCUCAUUUGGACGCGCAGCACUGGACAUGGAAGCCAAGCUUCAUGUCCAGGCCCCCUCCAGUGACAGGAGGAGAGGCGCCUUCCCUCGCGGUGGUAGAAAGGGAAAGGCGGCCUUUGCACAUGCGGGUUCUGGGACAUCAUCUGACGCAGGAUCCCGGCCUGUCCAAAAACUGCAUCUGGGCAUGAAAGUGGUGCAGCUGCAGCAACCGCUGCAGGUCCGCAUAGGGGACUCCACUGUUCUGACUAUCAGGGAGAAGGUCAGGGGAACCCCUGUUACCUUCGACAGUGCUGGGGAAGUCAGACAUAGUCUGAACUUCUACAUCUUCCCUGACCUACCCUUUGACCUUGUGUUGUCUAUGCAGUGGCUGAGAGCAGUCAACCCAAGGAUCGACUGGCAGAUCCCCAAGGUUGAACUGCCAAACAGCAAGGGGGUAUAUCAGCCUUGUAUGCUUGCAGCUGAUUACCACCCUCAGACAUCUUGCUUCUGCUUGAGAGCGAGAGAGUUCUAUGCUCUCUCUCGCCAGUACGAUCAUGAGCGUCUGUUCAUUGCUCUAGUCAAGCAGACAGACGCUCCCUCUACUCCCUGUCCUCCUGCGAUACAGCAGGUUGUGGACCAGUAUGCUGAUCUGAUGCAGGAGCCCUUUGGGUUACCCAACCGGCCAACCAAGCAUCAUAUUGAGCUGCUGCCUGAGGUGGUCCCUCCCAAAGGCCGCAUCUACAGGAUGUCACCUGCUGAGCUUGAGGAGCUCAGGCGACAGCUUGAGACCCUGACCAGCAAGGGCUGGAUCAGGCCCAACACUUCUGAAUUCGGUGCUCCAGUCCUCUUUGUUCCAAAGGGGAGUGGUGAGUUCAGAAUGUGCAUAGACUACAGGGGUCUCAACAAGAUCACUAGGAAGAGCACAGAGCCACUUCCUAGGAUCGAUGACCUACUGGAUAUGGUCCAGGGCUGCACCAUUUUCAGCAAAGUCGACCUCAAAUCUGGCUACCACCAGAUUGAGAUGGCAGAGGAGGACGUCCACAAGACGGCCCUCAAAACCAGCAGAGGAGAGGAGCGCUUGUGCAUCCCUGAGGAUCAGCAGCUGAGGACACUGCUGAUGUCAGAGUGCCACGACGCGCGUGGACACUUUGGGUUCCUAAAGUCAUAUGCAGCCCUGUCGCAGCGCUUCUUCUGGAAGGAGAUGCGGAGUGAUAUGCUGCGCUAUGUGGACACCUGUGAGCUCUGCCAAAGGAACAAGGUUCAACGUAAACCUCCUUUGGGAUUGCUCAAACCUUUGCCCAUACCGGAUGGUCUUGCCCAGUCUGUAUCCAUUGAUUUUACAGACUUAGGCAAGACUAUCCCUCGUGGCAUGCGUCAGGUCAUGGUCUGCGUGGACAGGUUUUCCAAAUACACAGAGUUCAUCCCCUUGCCAGAGGUAGCUAGGGUACCGACUGUGAGAGCAACCUUUUCUGAGAGGUGGGCCACACACCAUGGACCGCCCACCUCUAUUGUGAGUGAUCGAGACCCCAGAUUCUGCAGCGAUGAGUGGCAGUACUACUGCAAGGACUAUCUGCACUCACGCCUGGACAUGACUUCUGGUCGUCAUCCUGAAGCCAAUGGAUUGGCUGAAGUGAUGAACCAGGUCCUGUUCCAGUUGCUACGUCCUGUGAUCUCUCCUGAUCAACAGGACUCGGAUCUCCACUUAGCGAGGGCACAACUCAUGUAUAACAUGUCUGUCCACUCCUCGACAGGGUUCAGUCCCUACCGGUUACAUUGGGGACGUGAACCACGACAGCCUCUCGAUGACAUCAUCGAUAAGGCUAAGCCUGACCUUACCCCAGGCACUGCAGAGUUCGCCAGGCGCUAUCGUCUGGAUGUGGAAAGAGCCCGGGCGAACUUGUUCAAGGCCCAAAAGGCCAUGAUUGAACAAGCCAACCGCCACAGGCGGCCUUCCCCCAUCCGCACUAGUGACUAUGUCUGGGUGGCCAGUUCUGAGUUGUCGAGGGAGGAGGAUAAUUCUCCCAAGCUGUUGUCGUGCUACUUGGGUCCGUGGCAGGUCCUAGAUACAGUGGGCGCUGAUCCCUUCGGUCCGUCGUAUGUCAUCGAUGUCCCGCUUCAUCUACGCACCUAUCCGGUCUUCCAUGCAUCCAAGCUGUUGCCUUUUACGCCAGCUGAUGCAUUCCCUGACCGGCCUCCUCAAUGGGGCCCACCAAUCCCUGGUAAGGGAUAUGAUGUGGUGGCCAUUGAGGAUGAGUGGGGCACAGGCCCCGAUCGGCAGUAUCUUGUCAGGUUCGCUUUUCAGCCUCCUUCUGAGAACCGAUGGUUCUACAGAAGAGACCUGAUCAAGACAGCCAAGUCAGUUGUUUUGAGAUACGAGGCGGCUCAAAAGGCAGCGCGAGUUGGAGUACGCUGCGACACUAAAAAAUGGCACUUUACACUGACGGAGAACAACAACGACCCGGCGGACGCCGAGAAGACAAAGGAGGAGAUCUCCAAGAUGAUCGCACAGCUAAUCGCGACAUGCAAUUGGCAGCAGCAGGUGCGAGUGAUUGACAGCGGCAAGGACCAGCAAGACGGCACUAAUUGCAGCUUUCACGCAUGCCUCGCUAACUUGGAGACGAAGGAUGCCGCCACCCAGUAGCAGACCACCUAUCAUACAGCCGUCCACUCGACAGCUGGAGCAGCGGAUGGACCACGCCCUUGCCACAAUCAACGACCUGGGCAUGU